GCAUGGUCCCCCAGCACCAAGACUGCAGCAGCCCCUUCGGGCUCGAAGAACCACAGUGGGUUCCGGACAAGGAGACUAGGUCGAUCAUGAAGUGUUUUCAGUAUGGAGUUUAUUUUGGGAGCAUUCACUGAACACCAGAAUCUUUUCCAUAGACCGUCCCCACAAGCCCUCAAUCCGGCCAACAGAAGUGUCCAAGAUGUAUGCAGUGUGAAACCAAGUUUGACUUCAUAACCAGAAAGCAUCACUGCCGGCGUUGCGGGAAGUGUUUCUGCGACCGCUGCUGCAGCAAGAAAGUGGCGCUGCCGCGGAUGUGCUUCGUCGACCCCGUGCGCCAGUGUGCCGACUGCGCGCUCGUGUCCCAGAAGGAAGCAGAGUUCUAUGACAAGCAGCUCAAAGUGCUCACCAAUGGAGCCACCUUCUUCGUAACCCUAGGAACAUCUGAGAAGUCUGAAGUGAUGGUCUGUCGCCUCUCCAACAAUCAGAGAUCUCUCUUUCUGGAUGGAGACCACCAUUAUGAAAUUGAAAUUGCUCAGAUAUCGACCGUUCAGAUUCUCACGGAGGGGCUUACUCCCGGUGAAAAAGAUAUUCCCACUUACACCAGCCUCCUGGGAAGCCAGCACAUUACCGAAGGAGGCAACAGCCGGGCCAGCGGGAUGCUCCUCCAGUACAAGGCGCCGGGGGCCGAGGGGAUGACCCAGGUCAGGUUCACGCCCCACGACGAUUCGAAUUCCACCAAGAAGCUGUCGGCGACGUGGCUCGCGGCCAUGUACAAGGCGGCCAAACUCCUCUACGAAUCACGGGACCAAUAACAGCACCAGGACCACCCCGGGGGCCGUCGGCGGCACAGCACCCCUUCUCUCCGUCGGCUCCGGGCGAAGGCUGCCGUGGACGCAGGGCCCAGCGCUGGCAAGUGCUGGGGGCCACCUAAGCGUUGACUUAUCUAGUGCAAUAUGGCUACAGUUUAUUAACGCUUUCAACCUAGCUGCCCUCGGAAAGCUCUGUCUUAUCCCGUCGGUAUUUCCUCUGGCUGGGGUAGAGGGAACUCGAUCCACACUACUGUCGUUUUUUUUUGUCGUUAACACAGGUCUGUCUCUCGCGGGUGGCUCGGUCCGCGGGGCCGACUCCUCGCUUCUAGGGCUGUUGCGUGCAUUCCUCUUCUGGAGCGGGAGCCUCGGGGAGCAGGGUGGGUGAACUCGCGUCCUGGACGCCACCGUUUUCCGGGCCCCCUGCCUUAGACUGUUUUGUAGACUGCCCUCCCUCACCAGACCACGGCCUGGACGAGGGACAUUUUGAUACUCCGGUGACCAGCAUUUUCCAGGUUUUCUAUUUUUCACUUGUAUCUCGCCUGACGAAAAUGGUUGUGUAGCAGUCGUGUAUAAAAAGCUUACGAUUAAAAACUGUAUUUUGAAAAAAAAAAUAAAUCAAGGCCCUGCUGGUGCUUUGCUCGAA